UCGGCGUUUGAGGACAGAGAGAAACCUUCCUUGCCACAGACGGGGUUGUUUGGAGAGAGACAGAAACGUCCAUCGCUCCCACGCACGCCCUUUUGGCAGACACCUUGGUUUAACGAGGAAUGGAUGGAUCUACGUGAUGAACUGAAAACAAAGUCUGAAACGAGUCGAGAGGACGAUUCAAAUUCUGUCAAUAGUUUGAAGGGAGAACCGAGUACCACCUCUGAGAAUUAUGAAAAGGACGCGCACGCCAUGACAGAAAAUAAGUAUGUGAGUAAAACAAAAUUCACACAAGAUCUUGGUGUCGUGAACCAAGUAGAGCCAGUCUUCAAGGGAACUGUCUGGAACACGCUCAGAACUGACGUCAAGAAAGUAUUCUCAGAUUUCAGUACCAGACUCCUGCGGCCUCCCUCCAGCGAUGUGUUGAACAUGAGGCCGCUAAUAAGAGGAGACAGAGACAUGCUUCAUUUUGGCAAGACAGACCAAGAGACACCCAAGCCUACGAGCAUAGUAAAAGCUACUCUCAAACGCAACAGCGCAAGAAUUGUGCCCGAGGGGAAUCCUGAAGCGCUCCCUAUUAACAAAUAUGUCGACCACUCCCUAGAUCGACCGACUGUACCUACACCUGACGUCUCGCCUAUGGAGGGCAGUACCUCCACCACUACUAAAUCGGUGUGUAUUCUACUCUUGUGUACAUUGAGUAAUUGUUGCUUCACCUCAUAG